CUCUAUUUCGCCGUCACUUCCGGUAUGAGCGCCCGCGCACGUGCAUGCGCACGGGAGAGCCAGGCUCCCGAGCAGUCCCGGGCGCGAGUAACGGCGACUGCUGAGCGGCCACGGCUCGGUUUGUAGCGAAACAUGGCGGUGGAGAAGCGCCUGGCGUUUUCUAUCAUCCAGUUCCUACGGGAUCAGACACAUGGAGGCACAUUGAAUUCAGACGAGCAGGAGAGCCUUGAAGUUGCCAUCCAGUGUCUUGAGACCACCUUUAAGAUCAGCGCUAGCGACAGCCACCUGGUGGCGCCGCAACCUCUCAUGGAGGUCUUCCUCAACUCUCUGCUCAAGAACGACAACCUGAGCUUGCCGGCGACGACGCCCUCGCCCGAAGACGCCGAACGAGCUGAGCAGCUCAAGAACGAAGGGAACAAUCACAUGAAGGAGGAAAACUACCGAUGCGCGGUGGAGUGCUACACCAAGGCCAUCGACUUGGACCUGAGGAACGCUGUCUACUAUUGCAACAGGGCUGCCGCUCACAGUAAAUUGGGCGACUACACGGAGGCGACAGGCGACUGCGAGCGAGCCAUCGGGAUCGAUCCCAGCUAUAGCAAAGCGUACGGCAGGAUGGGCCUGGCACUAACAGCCAUGAACAAAUACCCAGAGGCCAUUUCUUACUUCAAGAAGGCACUGGUGCUGGACCCGGACAACGACACUUACAAGUCCAACCUGAAGGUGGCAGAGCAGAAGCAGAAGGAAGUUAGCAGUCCCAUAGCCGCAGGUUUGGGAUUCGACAUGGCCAGUUUAAUCAACAACCCUGCCUUCAUCAGCAUGGCAGCCAGUGUGAUGCAGAACCAACAGGUGCAGCAGCUAAUGUCGGGAAUGAUGGCCAACGCUGUGGGAGGACCGGCCGCCGGAGUGGGAGGUCUGACAGACAUUUCCAGUCUGAUUGAAGCGGGGCAGCAGUUUGCCCAGCAGAUCCAGCAGCAGAACCCUGAGCUCAUCGAACAGUUACGCAAUCACAUCCGGAGUCGAUCGUUCAGCGGCAGCGCCGAGGAGCACUCGUGAUGCCUCAGCCACACCAAACUGAGCCAACUCUCCGACGCUGGACCCCCUGAGAUAAUUGACAGCUGUAUGGAAGACACGACAUGAGUGCAGUGGCACUUUGAUUUUUGACUUGUGGAUUUUUUUUCCCUUGCUUUGUAUUUUGCAAACCAAAAUUUGAGACACAAGUAAAACGAACGGGACAAAUUAUUCUCGUAAAUCAAGGUGCCACUGCAUCACGUGAGGUCUACUGUUGCUUUUUAGUCAUGUGACUGACACGCCUGCAUUGUGACAUUGUCAUUGCACUUUAGCGCCACGAAAUAAGGAAAAAAAAAAGAAUCAAGAAUAAUGAACACUUAAAAAAUGUAUUUGUGUAUGUUGUAUAAAUGUAAGGUUGCUCCUCCUGCAUGCUUUCAAACUGGUAUUUGGCAUCAGAAGCUUUAUGGAAACUAGCCAGCAAGACCAACAGUGGGCUAACUCCAUUUUGAGUCAUUUUGCAGGAAAGUGAUGUGAAGUUUUAUGGUUAGUGCAUAAUGAUUGCCAACUAAAGGUUUUGUGCAUUGCUGGUCCAAGUCCAAACAAUUGUCAAGUCUUUCACUUUUUCAUGAAAAAUCAGAAAUGACAUUCACUGAAGCUAACUUGGAGAUGGACCGACAUCCAAGCUUCAAUUUUUUUUUUUUUAUCCUGAGCAUAAUAUUGGGCUCCCAUUUGUCAAAAUUGUGAUGAAACUUUGAUUUAGACCUCAAGAGUCAUCAAGAAUUUACACCCUUUCUCGAAUUUCUGCACUUACCUCAAAAUUGGACAAAACAUGGGAGUUAGCUCACUCUAGUUUCCAGCUGCUCAAAUCAGCUCUGCU